AUGAGCCUGGGUCGUUGCUCCUUCACACCGGUCACUGAUGUUGGAAUUGGAGCAAUCGAGUUGUACUUUCCACAAAAUUAUGUGGAACAAUCAGAUUUAGAGGAGUAUAAUAAUAUCCCUAGUGGGAAGUAUACCAUCGGACUCGGACAACAGCAAAUGGGUUUCUGCUCUGAUAAUGAAGAUGUUGUCUCAAUUUCUCUCACAGUCACUCGGCAACUUUUACAAACAUAUAAGAUUCCGACUGAUUCGAUUGGCUGCCUCGUUGUAGGUACGGAAACAAUGAUCGAUAAAAGUAAAAGUGUGAAGACGGCGCUCAUGGAUCUUUUCCCUGAUAACUCUGAUAUCGAGGGCGUUGACAUCAAGAAUGCCUGUUUCGGAGGUGCACAAGCCUUGUUACACGCGAUUGACUGGGUAACAGUCAAUCACCCUGUUGAUAAGAAGAAUGCUAUUGUUGUUAUAGCUGAUAUCGCUAUUUACGAAGAUGGGCCUGCCAGAUGUACAGGAGGAGCUGGGGCCAUAGCUUUUCUCAUUUGUCCGAAUGCAACGAUUCCGAUCGAUCGGCAGUUCUCAGCUUGCCACAUGAAAAACACGUGGGAUUUCUUUAAACCAAUCACGGCCACAGCUAGCGAGUAUCCUGUUGUAGAUGGAUCACUUUCUCUGGCUUCUUACUUGGAAGCUGUUCGACAAACAUAUACACAUUUCAUGGAAAAGGUCGCUCGCCAUGUUACUGGAAUUGACGGAUUGAACUCAUUCGAUGCAGUAUUUUUUCAUUCGCCUUUCACAAAAAUGGUUCAGAAAGGGUUGGCAGUUAUGAAUUACACAGAUUCGCAUCUCCGCCACAAAGACCAGAAUGGUAAUGGUGUUGAAAAUAAACUUGACGCAAAUGACCGAGCAGGAAUGACGAGAAUGAUCGAGUUAUCAUCUGAAGUUUGGAAAAAUAAAACUGACCCAUAUCUGGUUUUCAACCGGAGAAUUGGAAACAUGUACACUCCAUCACUUUUUGCUCAACUUUUGGCAUAUCUCGCCUCCGAUAAAUGUACAACUGAAGAACAUAACAUUUUAUUCUUCGCAUAUGGCAGCGGCCUCGCAUCUGCCAUUUUCCCUGGCAGAGUUCGACAAACACCCAAUUUGGAAAAGAUUCGAGACGUAGCCAAGCAAUGUAUUAAACGAUUGGAUUCUAGGCAACAAUUUAGCGCAGAAGAGUUUACGAAAACAUUGAAGAAACGGGAAAACUUCCUUCACUCAAACGAGUUCCCAAAAGUACCAAAAACAUCAUCCGAGUCAUCAUUAUUCCCUAAUACUUACUUCCUUGACAACAUGGAUGAACUUUAUCGGAGAACAUACACACUUCACGAAGAGCCAACGAAAGUGCUCUCGAACGGAAACGGGAUUCAUCACUGA